AUGGCUCCCCGCCAGGGCGGUGAUGCCCUCGUGACACGGGCAAAAAAAGAGGCAAAGAAAGGUCGCGUUCUACCAGGCGUCCGCAUCUCCAGAUCCAGCUCCAACCCCAGGAUUGCGAAAUCUACACGCUCGCCAUCCAAGCCCAAGCGGCCCCCUGGUCGCCCUUUCAAGAUGGUGACCGGAACGGCCUCGUCCCAGACUUCGUCCCGAUCGACAAGUGCUAUUCCGUCCCCGGCGAACCCGAGCCUGGCAUCGACUCCGGCCCCGCGCUCGCUGUCUAUGCUCGAGACUCUGCCGGUGGAGAUCCUGGAGAAGAUUUUCCUCUACUCGUUGAAUCUUAACCUACCACGCGCAUCGCCCGUCAUCGCUGCCGCAGUCUCGAGGGAGAAAAUAUUCAAAAUCCUGAUCAUCCUCGCCUUCUGGAAUGAUCCCCCGCCGAACCCCCGUCUGAGCCUAAGUGAUCCUAUCAAUCGCAUCCUCAGACCGUUGGAUUAUGUCCCCCUCACGCGCGAACAACGGGGCCAGCUGCAGGAAGCGGUCUUUCGCGCUCGGUGGUGUACCAUGGAGCGUGUGCGCGAGCAGAUCCCGACAAUCAUGCUCCUCACUAUCCAUCGGCAGUGGGUCAAUCUGGGUAUCGUGAUGAACAAUUAUCAGCGUGCCGCGUUGGACAAGUUUAUGAAUCGCCAGGACGAUUUGAUUCGUGACUUCUACGGCUACGGGCCGCCUCUCAGGAUCCUCGCGCCGCACUAUUCCCAGGAUCCCGAGAUGCUAGCCCGUUCGCGCAUCCCCAGUCCACACAGGUACGAGCUCUACGUGAAACCCAUGCAGAGGGUGGAGAUACGUGCCGUGACGAUGAAUACUAUCGUCAUCUGGCCGGCCCUGUCAAUCUUGAAAUUCCCCGACCAUCUCCUCCGCGGCCGUAACACGGGCUUCACCCCGGACGACGUGAUGUACCUGGAGAUGCUGCGCAUGUGCUCAAACAACUUCGCCUUGAAUGACACCCCGGUCCUCCCCUCGACUACCUCGACCGUCAACCGUACCGCCCUGCACGAAGGCGUCGACAAAGCCAUCCGCACAAAAAACUACAACGCGCUCAUCUCCCUCCUCAAACUCGACGAAUACAUCUUCCGCUUCCACACGUCCCGACAAGGCCAACCGGUCUGCUACACAAUCCCCUCCGACCACUUCUUAACCGUUACCAAGGUGGGCCGCGAAAACCCCCAUCUGAAUGCAGCCUUCUUCGAAGCUCUGCUCCGCGCCAGCGCAGAAUCGAUUCCCCCCAACGCCCCCGAAAUCCUACAGUGGACGCUCGAAAACGUGCGUCUUUCACAGGCCAAGCCAAGCCAAUACAAUCAACUCAAUGCAAAGUUGGCGACCUGGUUGUCCAAUUUCGUGCUGCGGCUGCCGGACCAGUUGGAGUACACUCAGGGUUUCCCACAGGGUCAAUUGUUUACUUGCGGCCAGUUGGAUCCUUUGGAUUUGGAGGCUACUCGGUUUAUUGAGGAAGUCCUUGCGCCGUGGCGUGGCCCACCGACGAAUUGGAUGCCCGAGUCGCAGUUUCGGGUUGAGGAUUGGUGGGUGAAGAAGAGUGGUUAG